AUGUCAUUUCAUGACGUUUUGAAACGUGGCGAUGAGGAAAUACUGAAAACACGUCCUCAGCGCUCCGCAAUAUGGAACACCUUGUCCCACUUCACCUGUGUCGCAGUCACGGGAUUCUCUAAACUCAUUCUUGCUACUUGCUACAACGUGGAAGUUAAAGGUAUAGACAAUCUGGACAGCUCCUUAGCUUACGCACGAUCAACAAAUAGGGGGUUCCUCACUAUCAUGAACCACAUGUCCACAUGCGAUGACCCCUGCAUCUGGGCUUGUCUACCUUGGAGAUACUUCAAAUCUUGGAACGAUAUCAGAUGGGGGUUGGCAGCUUCAAACGUUUGCUUCACCAACAAGGCGGCAACUACCUUCUUCUCAUUGGGUAAGAUCCUACCUUGCGAGAGAUUCGGAAGAGGGCCUUUCCAAUCAGGGUUGGACGCUUGCAUACGUAUCUUGUCUCCAGAUGAUACAAUCGACCCUUCUCAUGUACUGUCCUCCCUUGACUCCGUUAAGCCAGCUUCAUUGGCUCGAAACGCCCUGUCUUUGUUUGACACCAAAUACACUCCGCCAAUACUACGCUAUCAAACCUCCUGGGUUCACAUCUUCCCGGAAGGUUAUGUCUGUCAAUUGAAACCACCACAUUCAAACUCCAUGAGAUUCUUUCGCUGGGGUACUGCAAGGUUGAUCUUAGAACCAACUGUUCAACCGGUCAUUGUCCCAAUAUUCACAGAUGGUUUUGAGAAAGUCAAACCUGAAGAAAUCGACAUGAAGACAGACUAUCUCACACCAAAUAAUUUUGGUGCUAAAAUUACGGUAAAUAUAGGUCGUGCAAUCGAUGACAAUAUCAUAUCUAAAUUCAGACAAGAAUGGAGGGACUUAUGUGCUAAAUAUCCAAACUUGGAAAACCCCAAUGAUUUAUCAGACGAAUUGAUGUUUGGCAAAGAAGCUAGGGAGUUGCGUUCAAGGGUCUGUUCGUUCCUACGUGAGCAGGUAGCGUCGUUAAGGCUGGAAAAUGGCUUCCCUGAGGAAGACCCAAGGUUUAAAGACGUUAACUUUUGGUCUAGAUACACCAAAUCAAGGGGUAAGUCCGAUCCCGAUGUUCAAUUCAUUGGGUUCAACUGGGCCAUCAAAGAGUACCAGAAAAACGUGAAAAUCUAUGAUGAUAGAGGGAACGUCAUCGGUGAACGUGAGAGUGAACGCCCUGAGGGCCUGUAA